ACUUUAUUGAUAAUCACAGUUAGUGACAGUGAACGCAAGUGGCUCCAGCUAGCUUCCGGCGACCUGUCACAUUUCUUCUUCGUUUAAUGGCAAUGUUUAUAUUAUUAGCUACGUGAAUUCGGUGAGAAAGUGCAAGUGAUCUUCAGCAAGAUAAAGACACAAUAAAGUAAUAAGGAAGACGAUACAGCUGGCAGAAGGCUUUGUUUGUGUGCUCUAGCUAACGUUAGAUAGCUUGUUAGCAAGCUAACGCUAAGUGACGUGCAGGUUGUCAUGGCGAGUGCCGCGAGCACAAACAUGAACGCUGUCCGGGACACGAUGGAUGUUCUGCUGGAGAUCUCCAGACUCCUCAACACCGGGCUGGACAUGGAGUCUCUGUCCAUAUGCGUCCGUCUGUGUGAGCAGGGCAUCAACCCCGAAGCCCUUUCAUCAGUCAUUAAGGAGUUACGCAGAGCCUCGGACACGCUCAGGGCCUCUGAAAACAGUACGAGCCAAGGAUAGUCAGUGCCAGCAUUUCUAUUUGCAAUGGAAAACUGCUGUGCGGAUGCAUUUGUUCAAGAGAUUGCUAUUUUUUUUUUAAAUGUUGCUGAAGUUGGAUGACCCCCGCCUAAUCCAGUUUCACUUGCCUCACAUUCUGUAUGAAGUCGUGUUUAGCAUUGGUGUCUCUUGGUUUUCAUCAUCACGACAAAUUACCAUUUUCACACUGGCAUUUCCACCUUAGGUUUUUGUCACUGUAUAAAGUUAUUUUUAACUCUGUCCACUUUGACAUGUAAGCUUUCUUCAUACGCCCAUUAGUUAAUAUAGUGUAUUUGUUUGAAUAUUUAUAUUUUUAUAUUUGUUUAAGUCGUCAUGUUACCGAUCUAAACGUGCUUAGAGUUAAAAAAUAACAAGGGUUUUGUUGACAGUGGGCUUUGCUUUUGUUCAAUGCCACUCCAUUACAUUACAGUACAGCAAGAGGGGGAGCGAUGUUGUGCUUGCAUCGUUUAGCCCCUAGAUGGCGACAGCGUACUGCACCGGGUAUUUGUAAAGCAUAAUUCUUGUAGCGUUACAGUAUUAUAUUCUAGUGCAUUCGUAAAAGGUGUAUGCACAUACAUACACACACCCUUUUUAUUUUCACUUGCAUAUCCAUAAUGUUCAUGAGGGAUGCAGUGGAAAUUAGAUGUUAUAUCUCUUUGUAUGUUUAAUUGGUUUUUAGUUUUUAACAAACUAUAUAAAUAAUUAAAAAAAAAUCCUGAACAUAUA